GCACACCCGACUCAGCAGCAUAUAUCAUAUGGCAAGCUUUCCACAGGAAUCGGCAGCAGGAGUAGUACUGGAGGCGUUAAACCUCGCGAACAUGAUCAUCAUUAUAUCAUCGGCCCGAAACGCCACGACACACCGAACGAACUGCGAGCAACUGUCGGAGCACGUGAGGCUGAUAGGGAACUUUUUGGAGAAGCUAAAAUCGACAGACCUGAUGAAGUUGCCAGCAACCAAGGAGCCGCUGGAUGGUUUGGAGGAGGCACUGAGGAAAGCACUCCGGUUGGUGGAGAGCUGCAGAGACAAAAGCUGUCUGUACAUGCUUGCCAUGGGGUGGAACGUAGUGUAUCAAUUCCGCCAAGUCCAGGACGAGAUCGAUCACUUUCUUCGUCACGUGCCCUUGAUUUCCUUGGUCCACGAGUUUCGGAUGCAGAAUUUAAAAAAAGGACUGCAGGCGAUUGAAGAGGAUAAAAGAGAAUACACCCUCGAAAAAGAGGAUGUGGAGGCCCAAAAUGUUAUACUCAAACCGGAUCGGACAAUGAAAGACGCAGACAUAUUGGAAAAGUCCCUAUCUCGUAGGUAUCCUAAACUAGAUUUUCAUGAAGCACUCCAAGAGGAGAAAGACAAAUUAAACAUUGAAUUGUUGCUCUCACGAACAAAUAAUGACACCGAUCAAUGUUGGGUGAUUGAGCAUCUUAUUGAUGUGACGGAAAAUGUUGUCAACGUGCUCCCCGGUAAGAAGAUCAAGAAACUUCUUGUCAAUGAACCAACUUAUGUGAUAUCAGGGUACAUAUCCAAUGCAAAAUCCACCUAUGAGGACCCUGAUUUAAAGCCAGAAGAUCAAAAUCAAUCCGAGUGGCAGGCUGAUCUCUUCGCUUGUAGCAGGGAUCCUUGUUUAAGCUUGAAGACCUGCGUCUAUCCCUGUGGAACAUUUUCAUGGAUAGCUAACAAGGUGUCACAAGGGAAAAUAUCCCGCGAGCGCGCUAUCAAUGAUCUAAUGGCAUACUCCCUCUUCUGCGGUUGUUGCUGCUACACUUGCUGCAUGAGAAAGAAACUACGUGAACAUUUUAACAUAGAGGCAGGCGUGUGUGAUGAUUUCUUAACUCAUCUAAUGUGUUGCUGCUGCGCGCUGGUUCAAGAGUGGCGUGAGCUUGAAAUUAGAGGCUUUGAUGGAUGCCAAGGAAGAAAGAUGAUUCCUCCUCCGUACCAAUUUAUGAAGCCGUGAAUCGCAUUUAUGAUGGUAUCUGUACAUUCUACUUGUGUGCCAGUUGCUGGAAUAGAUAAAUACAGAAACAUUCAUAGAGUACGAGAUAUGUGGACGAUCUAGGUAAAGGUAAUCUAAAAGCUGUGCGAGGACUCAUCCAAGCUAAUGUGAACAUGAAACGGCAGAAUAUAAAUGGGACCUCUAGAACUAAUACAAUAACAAUUUUCACUA